AUGAGCAACAUCAAAUCAAAAGACCUCACCUACGACAAAGAUGCCUCUCAGCCAGCUUUUCUCCAACGCCUGCGCGAUCAAAACAGUGCAAUCUCCUCCUCAGGCCGGCACGAACAACCCAUCGCACGCGCCCAGCGAGCAAAGAAUCCUAACAACGAUGACGACGAUGCACCGACCUACGUAGUAGAAGGCAGCUCCGAGACCUUGACUAAAGCCGAAUAUGAGAAGCUCACCGCAGGAGAUGCGGAAGACGACGCAAAGGACAAGUUUGGUGAUGUCAAGGAUAUGGUGACUGGAGAGUUGACGGAAGAUUCGCCAAAGGCUUCGGGUGCAUUGCCGGACGAGGAUGAAGCUCCUGCUCGAGCAUCUGUAACUAUAGAUGCAGGUAAAGCGACAAAGAAGCGUAAAGUGGCCAAAGUGGUCGGAGGUGACGAUGAAGACGAAGUAACCACCAACGACACGAGCAAACAAGAAAGCAAGCCAAAGAAACUCAAGAAAAAGGGCAAGCCGAUAAAGCUUUCCUUCGGCGAUGACGAAUAA